UUGAAAUAAUUCAAAAACAUGUAAUUAUAUAAUAAGAAAUCAUACUUUGCACAUAAUUUCGUGUGAAAAAUUGUAAAAUUAUUUUCACCAGGGGUUUGUUGCGUGUUUUUACGGACUAAUACAGAAUCGUCAAAAAUGAAUUCCGCAGUAUGGAUCGAAGCGUUGACUCGUAAAAAUUAAGAUAAAUGGAAGCUACAGAUGCAAGCAUUGCUAACGAAGAACGAUGCAUGGGCGCACAUCAGCAAUGAACUACAAAGGCCGCAGGUAACCAAACAGGAGACUACAUCAGCAGCCUUGGAAAAUUGGAAAAGAGGCGACAGUAAAACUAACAAUAAGUCAAAUAUCAUUUUAUCGAUUAGUCCUUACGAAUUAAAACUAAUUAAAGAAUAUGAAACGUCUCGCAAAGUAUGGCUCAGAUUAGAAGGUAUAUAUUACUUCAAAGGUCCUACGCAAAAAGCGACGCUAUUGAAACAACUUACGCUACUACGCAUGGAAGACGGUGCGAACGUCAGAGAACACGUUAAUAAGUCUUUUGACACCGUCGAUAAACUGAAAGAGAUGGAAAUAAAAAUUAACAAAGAUUUACUGUCGAUAAUGCUGCUUUAUAAUAUGCCAUCUAAUUUCGAAAAUUUUAGAUGCGCCAUUGAAUCUAGAGAUGAGUUGUCUACUCCUGAAAUUCUAAGAAUGAAAAUUCUGGAGGAAUUCGAAGCUCGAAGGAACGAAUCUGGAAGUGCACUGCAAAAUGCUAUGUUCAGCACAAAGAAUUUUCGAAAGAAGCGUCCACCGACGAAGUCUAAGGAUGUACGUAAAAAGUCGAACAAAGAGAAUAAUUAAAGUUUCGGUGCCACAAAUAUCACAAAGUGGGUCAUAAGGCCGCUGAAUAAAAGCCGCGAUAAGAAGAAGAAGGAUAUUGACAAGAAGGCCAAGGAUGUAAGUUUCUCUGUCGACUGCGCAUUCAAAACUGAAUUCGUCAUGAUUAAGUUUAUACCUAUUAUUGUCAACAUACCUCACAUUUAAUGACAUCGUUUACAAGCAAGUUUAUGGCACGCCCAUAGGUUCCCUGUUAUUGCCAAUAAUUGUUAAUAUUGUUAUGCAAGAUCUAAAAAAACCGAUAAUUAAUACAUUAGAUGUCGAUAUCGCAAUUUAUCAUAGAUAUGUAGAUGACAUUAUUAUGGUGGCGCCAAAAAAUAAAGUAGAUAGUAUUUUAAACCAAUUUAAUAGUUACCAUCAACGACUACAAUUUACGGUUAAAUAUGAAAUUGAGAGAAGCAUAAAUUUUUAGAUCUAAAUAUUAAGAUCAUUGAUAACGUCAUACACAUAGACUAAUUUCAAAAAAAGAUUUGUUCAGAUAGAGUACUAUCUUUCUUAUCAAAUCACUUCAUGUGCCAUAAGAUAGGGGUAAUUUAUAAUCUCGUCGAUAGAGCAAUAUAAUUAUCUCAUCCCAUAUAUCACAAGAAAAAUUUGGAACACUGUAUUGACAUAUUAUUGGAUAACAGUUACCCCAUUGAUUUAAUUUUUAAAGAAAUCAA